AUGUCAUUUCACACUUCAUCCCAUAAUGCUCGAGGCAGGCCCUGGCGUUCUCUCCUUGCCGUUGGUAUCCUUGUGCAGUUCGCUCUGAUUGCGGGUAUCUUUUUGGCCUAUACCGGCUUUGGCCACUCCCGUGGGUCCACGGAUUUAGCGGACGCGGCAACUACCAAUUCAUCACCGAGGCCAAACAGCUUCAGAUUGCGACAUGUCAUUAAUCACGGUGCCGGUCAACCUGGACCGCGCGCAAGAAGGUUUGAUGUCACACCGGAGCAUUUUGCAGUUGCUGGUGUUGAUUCUCAUGUCGGACCCUUCGCCAUUAAGACAGCACCAGUAAAGAUCCAAAGGCCAUCGUUCAACAGCUAUGAUAGCCAGAUACCCAUGUCUCCCAUCUGGAUGGCUGAAGACAUCCCAGGUCCGGAUAUUACAGACAAGGAAACCAUCAUCAGUUUUGCAAACAUGUCAGAGGAUGCGUACAAGGUCGGUCGCGAUGAUCCCGGGUGGAUGGAUGUGGAUGAAGACUACAACACUUCUGUUCCCUUCGGUUGGGAUGAUAGCGGCAUCCGCGGCCAUGUGUUCAGCGAUGACACCAACUCCACCAUCAUUCUGGCCGUUAAAGGAACUACCGUAGCCAUGUUCGAAGGCAACGGAACUUCUGUGCACGACAAGGAAAACGACAACCUUUACGGAUCCUGUUGCUGCGGUCAGGGUGGUACCUACCUAUGGCGCAAAGUGUGUGACUGUCAAACCGGUACCUAUGCCUGCGAUGAGCAAUGUGUAAAGGACGAGUUGCGGAAGCCAAACCGGUACUAUGUCGCAACUCUCGAGCUCUAUCAAGAAGUGAUGAAGCUCUACCCGAAUUCCCACGUAAUGACAACCGGGCAUAGCUUAGGUGGAGUACUUGCGUCUUUGAUCAGUCUCCAACAUGGCAUUCCUGCUGUGACAUUUGAGGCUUAUCCCCAGGCUCUGGCAGCGAAGCGCUUAGGACUACCAGCAGCUAGCGACGUUGCUCCUCCCGGGAAAGACACGGGAGUCUUUCAUUUUGGACACACAGCUGACCCGGUGUACAUGGGAACUUGUAAUGGGGCUACAAGCUUUUGCUCAAUCGGCGGUUAUGCAUUUGAAACACUUUGCCAUGCCGGAAGGAAGUGUGCAUACGAUGUGGUUAAAGAUUGGGGCUGGAGACAAAGCACACAGACGCACAGCUUGAGGUACGCCAUCGAGAACGUUUACAUGAAAUACGAAAAAGCGGCAACAUGUCUAGAAGAGGAUGUAGGCUGUGUUGAUUGUUACUUGUGGAAGUUUGAAAACGGCACACAUAAGCAGCCGACAACGAGCUCAACAUCAACAAGUACCACCUACUCAAGGACUCGGACAGAAACAUGCCAGACGCCUGGAUGGUGGGGAUGCCGGGAUGCGACAACUACCAUGAUGUCGACAACAUCAUCUAGCUCAUCGACUACUACAACGAGCACAAGCACUUGUCAGACUCCUGGCUGGUUUGGUUGCAAAGAUAAAACAACAGCAACCAUUACGGCCACUGCUACUAUUACGACUACAUCUAGUGAGCCAACCACGACGACCUGUACUACUAAAGGAUGGUUUGGCAGAUGCCUUGAUGACAACUCUUCGACAGCCACCCCUGCUAUGGAAGCACAUGCCUACUGGCGGACGCCAGUAACAGCGACUCCAACGCCUCCAUAA